CAAGAGUCGGAGACGAGAGGCAGAACUCACAAGAUAAUGAGGAUGCGCGAAGACUUUAAUUUCUUUCUCUUCGCAAUUCUCACCUUGUAUUGUACCAAAUUCAUUAACCAAUUCCAAUAAUCUCUUGAAUAAAUUAUACGUUAAAAUAAAUAAUUAAAUAUGUCAAGAUUGUACGAUAACUGGGGGAAGCUCGUCGCCAAAGUUAUCAACAGAGAAGAUCUCAGGGAAAUUGCACUACUUGACAGCUUAAGUAGCACCGGUUUCAGUUCUGCAACUUCUGCUCACUUAUCUGAAGCAUCACCAUACCUGAACAGAAACAGCAACUCAUCUAUACCUUCCAACAUAAGCAAAUAUUCUGAAGCCGAUAUUCUGUCAUCACCACAUGUCAAAGCCUUCACGUUUAACGAACUACGAAAUGCAACGAGAAACUUUAGGCCCGACAAUUAUCUUGGGGAAGGAGGAUUUGGGCACGUCUUCAAAGGGUGGAUUGAUGAGCAUACCUUUACUGCCUCAAGGCCUGGAUCAGGUUUGGCCAUUGCGGUGAAGAAGUUGAAGCCCAAGGGUUUUCAAGGACACAAAGAGUGGUUGAGGGAAGUUAAUUAUUUGGGGCAACUUCAUCACCCGAACCUUGUAAAACUUAUUGGCUACUGUUUGGAGGGCGACAACCAACUGUUGGUUUAUGAGUUCAUGCCGAAAGGAAGUCUGGAGAAUCAUUUGUUCAGAACAUGGCCACAACCCCUGAGCUGGAAAACUCGUAUAAAGGUCGCCAUAGGUGCUGCCAGGGCCCUUUCUUUCUUGCACGAAGCCAAAGAACAAGUUAUAUACAAAGACUUCAAACCCUCUAAUAUUCUUCUUGACGGGGAAUUCACUGCAAAAUUGUCCAACUUCGGUUUGGCUAAAGCCGGCCCCAUUGGCAAUGGGACGACCCAAGUUAGGGGCACUCAUGGAUAUAUUGCACCUGAAUUUGUAGCCACAGGCCAUCCAACAGCGAAAAGUGAUGUGUACAACUUCGGGGUGGUCCUGCUGGAGUUGCUCUCCGGCCGGCGUGUGUUGGACAAGAACAGGGUCAAAAUCGAGCAGAAUCUGGUGGACUGGGCCAAACCGUACAUGAAAGACAAGCGAAAGCUGUGGCAGAUAAUGGACAUGAAGCUCGAGGGCCAAUACUCUGAGAAGGCUGCCUUCACGGUCGCCAAUGUGGCCCUACAGUGCCUGAAACCCAAUCCGAAGGUGAGGCCCUGCAUGGCCGAGGUCCUGGCCAAGCUUGAGGACCUCCAGCUGGCGGAAGAAAGUCUAGCAGGAGAGAUCCAAAUGGCGCCACGCCUCUGGCAUCGCCUACUCCAGCUCAUCGGAGGUUUUUGAGUUGUAAAUUUUACUUGUUAUUAAGGCCUACGUUUUUGUGGUUGAUGUUGAUGUGUAUUAGUGUAUAACCUUGUACUGCUGAUAUAAGUUCCAUAUCUUUUUGAGGUUAAUUAUGUUAAAUUUUAAAUAACGUUGUCCCAGCCCAGGAUAUGUAACACAAAUGUGUAGCAUCUUUUUAAUAUAAAUGUCUAUUGUCUUUGAGUCUAGUGAAUUUGGUGUUGCUAUUGGCAGUGCCAGAAGACGUAGAUAAUGUUGGCCGCACACUGUUAUCAA